CUCCCAAGUCUGGUCCCCACAGUCUGUGUCUUUAAUCCUUGAAGUCGAGAAGAUUCAAAGACGUGCAACGAGAUUCAUCCUAUCGCUGCCGUUUAGAUCUGAAACUAGUUACCAGGAGAGACUAUUGAAAACUGGUUUACUUCCUCUGUCUUACUGGCACGAGUACCUGGACUUG